CUUGCCUGCUUUUGUCAUCCUUUCCAUCACCAACCCCCAUCCGACAUCGUGUCGUGGUUUUCCUCUCGUUUCAAUUACCCUCUGCUCUCAGCGCCUUCUGUGGCCAAGGGUAGAUUGGAAUUUCAACCGAUUUUGGUCCCGGCCAGAUUUUCUCAGUGAGCGUUUUUGCACUGCUCAGCGAGAAUCCGUUGCGUCGGUUCCACGCCGCAUGCGACCGGGGGUUCAGAUCGACACCAUUUCCGUCCAGAGACGCUGUUUUCGGCUUCCCGGUUUCAAGUCCAGGCAAACCUUCCUCCCCUACAACACCCAACUCACUCCUCCAUGAUCUCGCCUUACCUUUGACCGUGAGUUAAUUCUUCGGCAUCGCCAACCGUUGGUGUGCGACUUUUUUUAUUCCUCGAUCCUAUUCCACAGCUUGGACUUGGGACUUGGUUUUGGGAUCAUUAAACCCACCCUCAAAAUGGCUGUCAUCGACCAGGUCCUGGUUGAGGUCUCCCGCUUCGUGGUGCGUCAGGUGUCGGAGUCUGCCUCGUCCUUGCCGGCCCCAUCGACUGCUGCACCUACUUCGACGUUCAGCGAAACCGCACCGACGACGACGGCCACCGAUAACCCAUCGCCUACCAGCAAUCCAGGCAACGGCGGAGGGGGGGGCGGAGGCGGUGGUGGUAGUUCCAAUUCUCCUCUGCUCUUCUUCGUUGCUCUGGGCUUCGGAGUUGUCUUCACCAACCUAUGGAUCAUCGUUGGUGUCAAAUACUGCUUCCGCUAUAAUGCCCGUAAUCGUGCCAUGCGUCUCAACGAAGAUGGAGAGCCCAUCAACCUGGAGAACAUGCCUCGUCCGCACCGCCGCCGUCGCGAGAAGAAGCUGAUGACGAUGGACGAGGUCAACGACAAGUUCCCUAUGACCAAGUACAAGACCUGGGUUGGCGAACGUGCGAGAGAGGGCCUUCCCACUGCCGGAGGCGUCUCUGCCCCGCCCAGUCGUGCAAACAGUCUUCGGUCUGCCGACGGUAUCGUACCUGAGCUGCCCUCGAAGGAACGCGAGUCUACCGAAGAUCGCCCCGCCACAGGCGCCAGCAACAAGCCCGUUACUUCCGAGAAGACGACCGAAGAUACGGUUAAGAAGGAGGGCAACACCUCGACCACAACAGGCAACGCUGACGCCCCGCAAUCCACACCUACUUCUGCCACUCCUCUUCAGCGCGUCAACAGCGAAGACGAUGACGACGAAGAUGACGAGCAUAUCAACGCUGCCGUCCCCCCUGAGCUGAUGGCAACCAGCGGUGACACCUGUGCUAUCUGCAUUGACACCCUGGAGGAUGACGACGAUAUCCGCGGGCUGACUUGUGGCCACGCUUUCCACGCCGUCUGCGUCGACCCGUGGCUUACCAGCCGCAGGGCUUGCUGCCCUCUUUGCAAGGCAGACUAUUACACCCCAAAGCCUCGUCCAGUCCCUGGCGAAGGCGAUCCGAAUGCCACAGGCGACAUGGCCCGCACGGCGUCCCGUGCCAACAUGCCCAACGCCCCUCCGGCUGCUUGGUACAGCCUGAGUGGCAACCGCCUGGGUUUCGGACGCAACAGAGGUAACCGGACUGCCAACACUCGUUCCGACCGCCGCCGCCGCGCUCGCCAGCAGGCCAUGUCUGCAUCUUCCAACCAAAAUGCCUCGCAGGGCUCGCCGGACACGCCGCCCGUUGUCGAGAAUCAGGAAUCUCGUGGUCUCCUCGCCAACAUCAGACUGCCCGCAUUCCGUAACCCCCUCCGACGUGGUGGAGAUCAGCAAUCUGGCAGCCCGACAACGGCUGCCGGUCCUAAUGUCACGCCCUCUCAGCUCGAGGCCGGCACUCAGACUGCACCGGCCACCACCACCACAGAGGCCCGGUGACCGCAUUUCUGAUGAUUCUACCCAUGCACAUAGUAUGCAUGGGUUGAUAUUUCGAUUUUGUUUUUAUUGCUGUGCUACUCGUGUACAUCAUACCCCAGAGACCAAUCUGCAGAUCUCAGCAUAGACCUGCGACGUUGGCAGCAUCAUAUAUGCAACACGACGACGCCUUUUUUUUCAUACCCACACUUACAUACACGCGACUGAGAGAGGCCACAUGGAACAAAAGGGGACGGUGGAGGAUUCUGCUGCGAAGCGGCAGAGAAGGAGUUGCAUCAAUGCACAUGGUGGCCUGACUUGAUUUGGUUUCUCUCGAAUUACAAGGGGAGCGGCGGAGUUGCGGCGACAUGGGCAUCACGUCACGGAAUAAUGACAAUUGACAACAUUCACCUAGAUUAUGGGUUUUGUUUCUCCUUCUGUGACAUUCAUUGUCCAGAGAUUCUUUAACUGUGAGGCGCUGUCCAAUUUGUUGCUCACCUUUUUUGUUCUUUU